AUGGCAGACGAUGGUUAUCGUCCGCGACCUCCACAAGAUGAUGACCUGCGGAACGCUAUCGAGCGUUUGGCUGUCUUUGUUGCUAAAAAUGGUCCCGAGUUUGAGAAAAUGACCAUGGAGAAGCAGGAGGGAAAUCCAAAAUUUGCAUUUCUUUAUGGCGGACCGUUUAACGAGUACUAUCGUUUCUGUGUGGAACGGGAAGUUCAGAAUCGUUAG